AAUUACCAAACCAAAAUGAAUUGGGAUUGAAUUAUUUUUCAGUGGGUUACAAGAAACAGAACAGUUUUCCUUCGAAUCGCAAGCACGAUGGCGAUUCUCCUCAGUUUCAACAAUUAUGGGGUCCAUCUUCGACGGCCGCCGCCAUAUCCCCUCCGUCUCUCAAGCUGCUGCAAUCGUACAGCUUCGUCGGUACUUGCUUCUCCGGAGAACUUCAUCAGCGGGAAGACAGGGAUUUGACGGAGCUGGCCUUUGCAGCUCCUCGGACUUUCAGCCAUGUCUUUGCAUUCAUUUUCGCUCUCUCUCUCCUUGUCGUCGCUAUCUACAGCUCUCUCAAAGGCGGCGGCAACCUCGCAGGAGGCUUUAUUGAGGAGUUGUAACUCAUCCUGUAGGAAGCAUUUGGAUCAAUUAUACGUCCAGUUAAUCGUGUCUGGGCUAUACAAGUGUGGUUUCUUGGUUAUCAAAUUUGUCAAUGCAUGUUUGCAUCUCAGAGAUGUUAACUACGCGCAUAAGGUUUUUCGUGAAGUCUUAGAACCAGAUAUCUUGUUGUGGAAUGGCAUCAUAAAGGGCUACACUCAGAACAAUAUUUUUGCUGGUGCUAUCAGAAUGUACAAGGAUAUGCAAGUGUCAGGGGUGAACCCAGAUUGCUUCACAUUUUUGUAUGUGCUUAAAGCGUGCGGUGGAAUGUCGGUCGAAGGAAUAGGUAAACAGAUGCAUAGCCAGACGUUUAAAUAUGGCCUUGGAUCAAAUGUGUUUGUGCAGAACAGUCUUGUGUCAAUGUAUGCUAGAUUUGGCCAAACCUCAUCUGCUAGGCUCGUCUUCGAUAAGUUACAUAAUCGAACUGUUGUUUCGUGGACAUCCAUCAUUUCUGGGUACGUUCAGAAUGGCGAUCCCGUGGACGCGUUGAGAGUUUUCAAAGAUAUGAGGCGAAGUACUGUGAAACUUGAUUGGAUUGUCCUUGUUAGUGUUGUGACAGCCUACACAGACAUGGAGGAUUUGGGGCAAGGGAAAGCCAUUCAUAGCUUAGUGACUAAAUUGGGUCUAGAAUUCGAACCCGACAUAGUGGUCUCGCUCACUAACAUGUAUGCUAAAUGUGGACGGGUGGAAGUUGCUAGAUUUUUCUUUAAUCAGAUGGAAAAACCAAAUUUACUUUUGUGGAAUGCUAUGAUUUCUGGUUAUGCAAAAAAUGGAUAUGGUGAAGAAGCAAUCGAGCUAUUCCGUAAGAUGAUUUCAAAGAAUAUCGGGGUCGAUUCUGUUACUGUGAGGUCUGCUAUUCUAGCCGUUGCCCAAGCGGGGUCUCUUGAACUAGCAAGAUGGUUGGAUGGUUAUAUCUCUAAGAGUGAGUACCGAGACGAUGUUUUCGUGAACACGGCCCUUAUAGAUAUGCAUGCAAAAUGUGGAAGCAUAUGUUUUGCUCGUGGUGUUUUCGAUAGAAUGGUCGAUAAAGACGUUGUCUUAUGGAGUGCUAUGAUUAUGGGGUAUGGAUUACACGGUCAUGGACAAGAAGCCAUCGACCUUUACAACAGAAUGAAGCAAUCUGGAGUUUGUCCGAACAAUGUUACUUUUGUUGGCCUUCUCACAGCAUGUAAAAACUCGGGUCUUGUAAAAGAGGGAUGGGAGCUUUUCCACCAGAUGCGAGACCACGGGAUUGAACCGCAUCACCAGCAUUACUCUUGCGUGGUCGAUCUUCUGGGACGUGCAGGCUAUUUGAAUCGAGCUUAUGAUUUUAUUAUGAGCAUGCCCAUUAAACCUGGAGUUAGUGUUUGGGGGGCACUUUUAAGUGGAUGUAAGAUCCAUCGUCAAGUGAGGUUGGGAGAGAUAGCUGCAGAACAGCUUUUCUUAUUAGAUCCAUAUAAUACAGGUCAUUAUGUACAACUCUCAAACUUAUAUGCUUCUGCCCAUUUAUGGAACCACGUGGGGAACGUUCGAUUAAUGAUGACGCAGAAAGGACUGAACAAGGACCUCGGACAUAGUUCGAUUGAGAUCAAUGGAAAUCUCGAAACGUUCCAUGUUGGAGAUAGAUCACAUCCGAGAUCGAAGGAAAUCUUUGAAGAACUUGAUAGAUUGGAGAGGAGAUUAAAGGCAGCUGGUUAUGUUGCUCAUAUGGAAUCUGUUCUACAUGACUUGAAUCAUGAGGAGAUUGAGGAAACUCUUUGUAACCAUAGUGAGAGGUUAGCAGUUGCUUAUGGCAUCAUCAGUACUGCUCCUGGAACUACACUUAGAAUAACGAAAAAUCUCCGUGCAUGCGUUAAUUGUCAUUCGGCGAUAAAGCUAAUAUCGAAGCUUGUCGAUAGGGAAAUAAUUGUUCGAGAUGCGAAACGCUUUCAUUAUUUCAAAGAUGGAGUUUGUUCGUGCGGAGAUUUUUGGUGAAGCUUGGUUAGUAUUCUUUACUUCAACCUUGCACGUAAUGAAUUUGCUGAUUUUCUCUUGGCCUAUACUAACCAUCAUUGAUUCUGAUGUGAAAUUGAAGAAAGUCCAAUUUUUCUGUGAAAUGGUAACCAAUCAAUUGCCCCUUCAUGUGCCUUUUUUUCAAUGUUCAAGUUUGAUCUAUUAUAAUUUUCUGUUUGAGAUGCUUCCGAACAUUCUACUUCAGUUAUAUUGGAGAAAAAACAUGUCAAAUUUUUGUUA